GUGGCCCAGACAAAUAGUCUCCUCCACAGGACUGUGUCAGUUUGGAAGUAGAAUUGACUGCUGCUGGGGCUGGGCCCGAUUGUCCUGGGGACAAUGCCAACCCUUCUACGUCUUAAGGCAGAGAAUAGCCAGCCUAAGGUGCCAGCCCAAAGCUAUAUGCCAACCAGGAUGCAAACAUGGUGAAUGUGUUGGGCCAAACAAGUGUAAAUGCCACCCAGGAUACACUGGAAAAACCUGCAACCAAGAUCUAAAUGAGUGUGGACUAAAGCCACGGCCGUGCAAACACCGGUGUAUGAAUACCUAUGGCAGCUACAAGUGCUACUGUCUGAAUGGCUACAUGCUUAUGCCAGAUGGAACGUGCUCGAAUGCCCUUUCUUGCUCGAUGGCAAACUGUCAGUAUGGCUGUGAUGUACUGAAAGGGGAAGUACGCUGCCGCUGUCCUUCUCCGGGACUGCAGCUAGGGCCCGAUGGCAGGACUUGCGUAGAUAUUGAUGAAUGUGCUACCGGGAGAGUUAUCUGUCCACAAUUUAGGCACUGCGUCAAUACUUUCGGAAGCUACAUUUGCAAGUGUCAUAAAGGCUUUGAUCUAAUGUACAUCGGAGGCAAAUACCAAUGCCAUGAUAUAAAUGAAUGUUCCCUUGGCCACCAUCAGUGUGGUAGUUUUUCGCGAUGUUACAAUACACCAGGAUCCUACAAAUGCAAGUGUAAAGAAGGAUACAGAGACAAUGGCACAAACUGCAUACUUAUUCCUAACAUUAUGAUUGAACCACCUGGUCCAUAUCAUAGAUUCAGGGGCAACGGCACGCUCCCUAAGGGAGGCAGUGAAAUAACCAAUAGGAUUCCUGAUGCUGGAGGCACAAGGAAACCCCUCAGACCGCUAUAUGUACCUGCUAUUGUUACAGAAAGGCCAGUGGCCAGGCCAACGACUCGACCUACACCUGGGCCAACAACUCGAUUGACACCAAAGCCAACCACUAGGUAUGUGCCAGUGACAAGGCCAGUAACGAAGCCAGUGACGAGGCCUCCACCUCCAACACCACCUCAUCCUACAACGUUAAGACCUACACUACCACCACAAAGAACUCCUCUGGUAACGACUGAAGAGCCUUCACAUGUUCCCAUUGAAACUACAUCUUCCCAAGGAAUUACAGAUGACAACAGGAUCCAGCUAGAACCUCAGAAACCCCGAGGAGAUGUAUUCAUUCCACGCCAGCCUGGAGUGAGCAAUAAUCUGUUUGAAAUACUUGAAAUUGAAAGAGGGAUUACGGCUGAUGAAUUUGAAGCAAAUGAUGACCCAGGUGUGCUGGUACACAGCUGUAAUUUUGAUAGCGGACUGUGCGGGUGGAUGAAGGACAAAGAUGAUGACUUGCACUGGGAACCAGUGAAAGAUGCAUCAGGGGGACAGUAUCUUACCGUCUCCAACCCCAAAGGCAAAGAGGGAAGAGCAGCACAUCUCAUUCUGCCCCUGGGUCACGCGGCUCAGGCUGGCGACUUGUGUCUGUCGUUCAGGCAUAAGGUGCCCGGACUGCAUUCUGGUGCCCUCCAGGUCUUCGUAAGGAAAAACGGUGCUCAUGGACCAGCCAUUUGGGGAAGAACUGGUGGCCAUGGCUGGAGAGAGACACACAUAAAUUUACGAGGAGUAGGCAUCAAGAGCGUUAUUUUCAAAGGGGAGAAAGGGAAAGGAAGAACUGGGGAUAUUGGACUAGAUGACGUUAUCUUGAGGAGAGGACGCUGCUCUCAAGAGCAUUAGCAGAGACAAGGGACCAGCACAGUCAUCUCCUCGAGCCCUUCUCAUGCUCUUC